GCACAGCUUCAUCGCCUUCCCUCGCCACGAGGAAGAGCAUCUCCAGAGGACCAUGAGCUGGCACCCCUGUCUCCUGAUCCUGGGCCAGAACUGCCAUGCCAAGUGCCAGUUGCUCAACAUCCUGCUGGGUGAGAAGCUGCUCCCAACCACCAAGAUCAGCAACGAGGAGAACUGCAAGCGGCGCCGGAUCCGCUUCACCCACGGCACACAGACACGGCUCAGCCUGGCCCUGCCCGAGCAGUACGAACUGGUCCACAUGUUGGCAGCACACAGAGGCCACUGGGACACCAUUCCAGAGGAGGACUUGGAGAUCCAUGGGGAUAAUGAGGAUCCUGCUCACCGGAUCGCUGAGCUGGAGGUCAUGUUGCCAUACUCACUGCUGAAGGAGGUGGACGUGGUGGUGGCUCCAUGCCGUGGGUUCCAGCCUGCUGAGGCCACCCUGGAGGAGUAUGUGAACCAGGUGCUGCCUGUGGUGGUGUUUGCCAUCAGUGAGGCUGAGCUGUCACCCUCAGACGAGCACGAACUGCGCCAGAUCAAGGAGAAGUUCUCCUUGCCCAUUUUCUUCUUCCGAGUGCCAGAGGUUGGGCCAGAGCUCAUCUCCCCCAACACCCCAGACACUGAGAAGUCCUCCCUUUACUGCCAACUGAUGGAUUUGGAGUACCUGAGCACUAACCACUGCAGCUGUGGAGCUCCUGGUGCUGAUAGUGAUGCCCAGAGCAUGUUGGUGGAGCAGCUGGAGAAGCUUCGGCUGCUGAGCACCUUCUCCAGGCAGGUCCUUCAGAAGCACCUGGUGGAAGCAGCUACCAGCCUGAACGAGGUGCACUGUCGUUGCCUCAACAUCUUCAUCAACCAGGCCUUUGACAUGCAGAGGGACCUGCAGAUCACCCCCAAGAGGUUGGAGUACACCCGCAAGAAGGAGAAUGAGCUCUACGAGUCCCUCAUGAACAUUGCCAACCGCAAGCAGGAGGAGAUGAAGGAUAUGAUCGUAGAGACUCUGAGCAACAUGAAGGAGGAGCUCUUGGAGGAUGCUGCUAACAUGGAGUUCAAAGAUAUCAUCAUUCCUGAGAAUGGGGAACCAGUUAGCUCCAAGGACAUCAAGUGUUGUAUUAAGCAGAUUCAGGAACUGAUUAUUUCUCGGUUGAACCAAGCAGUUGCCAACAAGUUAAUUAGCUCAGUGGAUUAUCUGAGGGAGAGCUUUGUGGGCACCCUGGAGAGGUGUCUGAAGAGCCUGGAGGAGUCCUGGGAGGUUUCAGUACAUCCUGCAAGGAGUUUGGAGAAGCCAAAGGAUGUUUCUGUCCACAUCACAAGCAAUUAUCUCAAGCAGAUCCUAAAUGCAGCUUAUCAUGUUGAAGUCACUUUCCACUCUGGCUCAACAGUGACCAGGAUGCUGUGGGAACAGAUCAAACAGAUCAUCCAGCGGAUCACAUGGGUCAGCCCUCCUGCCAUCACCAGUGACUGGAAGAGGAAGGUGGCUCAGGAUGCCAUCGAGAGCCUCAGUGCCUCCAAACUGGCCAAGAGCAUCUGCAGCCAGUUCAGGACGAGGCUCAACAGCUCCCACGAGGCCUUUGCAGCCUCCCUCAGACAGCUGGAAGAUGGGCACUCUGGCAGGCUGGAGAGGACAGAGGACCUGUGGCUGAAGGUGCGGAAGGACCACGCUCCUCGGCUCGCUCGGCUCUCCCUGGAGAGCAGGUCCCUGCAGGAUGUGCUCUUACAUGGCAAACCCAAGCUGGGCCGGGAACUGGGCCGAGGCCAGUAUGGAGUGGUGUACCUAUGUGACAGCUGGGGAGGUCACUUCCCAUGUGCCCUGAAAUCUGUUGUGCCUCCAGAUGAGAAGCACUGGAAUGACCUUGCACUUGAGUUUCACUACAUGAGGUCUCUGCAGACACACGAGAGGCUUGUGCACCUCCAUGGGUCUGUGAUAGAUUAUGGCUAUGGAGGAGGUUCCAGCAUUGCUGUCCUGCUCAUCAUGGAAAGGCUGCACAGAGACCUCUACACAGGGCUGAAGGCUGGGCUGGAGCUGGAGACACGGUUACAGAUUGCCUUGGAUGUGGUGGAAGGAAUCCGUUACCUUCACAGCCAGGGGCUGGUGCACAGGGAUAUCAAACUGAAGAAUGUCUUGCUUGACAAGAAGAACAGAGCCAAAAUCACUGACCUGGGGUUCUGCAAACCAGAGGCAAUGAUGUCUGGGAGCAUCGUGGGCACUCCCAUCCACAUGGCUCCUGAGCUCUUCACAGGGAAAUAUGACAACUCCGUGGAUGUUUAUGCCUUUGGUAUCCUGUUCUGGUACCUGUGCUCGGGGCAUGUGAAGCUGCCAGAAGCCUUUGAGAGGUGUGCAAGCAAAGAUCACCUGUGGAACAACGUCAGGAGAGGAGUGCGCCCGGAGCGGCUCCCGGUGUUCGACGAGGAGUGCUGGCAGCUGAUGGAAGCCUGUUGGGAUGGAGACUCCUCCCAGAGACCUCUCCUGGGCAUUGUCCAGCCCAUGCUGCAGGGCAUCAUGGACAGGCUCUGCAAGUCCAGCUCUGAGCACCCCAAUAAAGGGUUGGAUGACUCCACUUGAAGGAAGCCCAGAAGUUGUAACCGUGGGGCCAAGUCCUGACCCCCCUAACUCUGCAGGUGGUUUUCAGGUGUGGCUCUCUGGGGGGCUCACCUGAGUGGGACAGGUA